AUGGCUACACAGACCGUACAAAUUCAUCGUACAAAUACAAAUUCAAGUAGUUCAAAUAAAAAAACUGAUGUAUGGUUUAAUGCAUUUGAUUUUGAACCUGGUCAAGAUGAAAAUAUUCGUUGGCUUAGUCGUCCAAAUCUACAAUUAGUACACGACAGACAUUCACAUGAUGCAGAAAAAUUUCGUAUUACAUUUGAUGUUGAAAAUUUUAAACCUGAUCAAAUUAAAAUCUAUGUUCAAAAUCAUAAAUUAACCAUAUCAGGUGUUUAUGAAGAGCGUACUGAAAAUCGUUUCGUACAAAAAAAAUUUGAAAGAAAUUUUGAGCUUCCAGCACAUGCUGAUGUUGAUUCAAUGGCAUCAUUUAUAACUCCAGCUCAUAUGCUUGUGGUUGAAAUUCCACUUCAUACAUCAACGCAUGUUGAUCAUUUAAAUGUUACUAGCAAUCAAAAUAAUCAACGUCGUCUAUCCUUUUCAUUACAUAAAUAUAAUACAUCAAAUGAUGUCUCUGGUUCUCCAACAACAGAUCAACAAAUUCAACGAACAUCUGUUACAAAAACUACGACAACGACGACAGGCGGCGUAACUGAUCUUCCACGUGAAGCAGCUGAAUUACUUAAAAAUGUGGAUACCACAACUGCUAGCAAUAUUCAUACUUAUAGUACACAAACAUCGGAACAUUAUUCAUCGAAUAAAGGCAUUAAAAAAACUGAUGCUACUGAACCUGAUAGAUCAUCAUCGACAACAACUACUAAACAAACAAUAUCAACAAGUUCGGAUUUGGCAAAUUUACCAAUAGAAGUUCCACCGGAACUUUUGGCUAGUGGUGGUACAAUAACAAUUCAAAAACGAAAAGUUUCAACAACAACAACAGAAGUCGAUAGAAGCACUGAUCAAGGUGCUUCUAUACCAAUUACACGUAGCACUGAUACACAAUCAACAUCAACUAAAAAUACAAGUACAACAAGCAAUACAUCACAAAAUACAUUAAAUCAACAACAGUCAAGUACUAGUGAACGUCGCGAUGCAAAAACAAUAUCAAGCACUAAUCAAAAUAGAAAGUAUACACUUGAAGAAUUUCUUCAAAAUAAAACCUGGAAUCCAUCACUUGUUGAUGGUCGUGGUGGCAAGAAAAUUCUCUAUAUGCGUUUACAAAUGAAGCCAGGUACAAAAUUGGAUCAAAUGAAAAUUUCACUUAAUGGAUAUGAUUUACGCAUUGAAGUCGAUAAUAAAGUAUCAAUUGAUGGUAUUCACUAUAUAAGUGAACAUAGUUAUCGUCAAGUUACUCUAUUUCCUACUUGUGAAGUUGAUCAUUUGACAACAGAAUUGAAAGAUGAUGGUUUUCUUCAUAUACAAGUCCCUAUCAAAUUAUAA